UUCGGAGACCUUAAGGAACAGUGUGAAAUACCCAAAAAACCCAGUCAAUUGCCCCUUUAAACAUUUAUAAUCUGAAUCCUUUCAAACACAAUAUUUACAUAUUUACACACACUUGGGAGGUGAUUUACAGGCGUCGCCCAGAGUCGCUCAAACCCAUAAGAGUGUUCCUGUGACCAGACAGAGCCACUGCACAUGCCUAACACAGAGCCACUGCACAUGCCUAACACAGAGCCACUGCACAUGCCUAACACAGAGCCACUGCACAUGCCUAACACAGAGCCACUGCACAUGCCUAACACAGAGCCACUGCACAUGCCUAACACAGAGCCACUGCACAUGCCUAACACAGAGCCACUGCACAUGCCUAACACAGAGCCACUGCACAUGCCCACACUCCCCUCCUGCACCUCGUCCACCUCCCACACACCAACCCUCACCCCCCACAGGGCACAAGCCCCAAAAUGACCCCACACCAGCAGGCAGACAGCUCAAUAGUGUCCCUGACAGCCCAAGCACAGCUGUCGCCUGACCAACCGGGUCACUUCCAUCCCACUGUCCCAAAAAUAAGAUGGGCGUGUCUCCCAUGUCGGGCCUGUAAGCCCGUCAUUAGCAUAGUUUACACCAUCGCAGCAGAGCACAAGAGGAGCUCUGUGCGGCUGGGCUGCGAUACAGGCCUCAGCACCAGGCUGUGGCCUCAGCACCAGGUCCAGGCCGUGGUCUCAGCACCAGGUCCAGACUGUGGCCUCAGCACCAGGUCCAGCACCAGGCUGUGGCCUCAGCACCAGGUCCAGGCCGUGGUCUCAGCACCAGGUCCAGGCUGUGGCCUCAGCACCAGGUCCAGGCUGUGGUCUCAGCACCAGGUCCAGACUGUGGCCUCAGCACCAGGUCCAGCACCAGACUGUGGCCUCAGCACCAGGUCCAGGCCGUGGUCUCAGCACCAGGUCCAGACUGUGGCCUCAGCACCAGGUCCAGACUGUGGCCUCAGCACCAGGUCCAGGCUGUGGUCUCAGCACCAGGUCCAGACUGUGGCCUCAGCACCAGGUCCAGGCCGUGGCCUCAGCACCAGGUCCAGACUGUGGCCUCAGCACCAGGUCCAGGCUGUGGCCUCAGCACCAGGUCCAGGCUGUGGUCUCAGCACCAGGUCCAGACUGUGGCCUCAGCACCAGGUCCAGGCCGUGGCCUCAGCACCAGGUCCAGGCUGUGGCCUCAGCACCAGGCAGAGCCUGGGGGGAGUGGGGGCCGGGCUACAGGAAGGUGGGCCAAAAGCCCUUGGAAUAGGGCGCCCUGCUCACAGGGUGCAUACCAUGAAGGCUGAGGCCUUAGUAGCCUUACUAGCCUGGGUUUGAAUCCGGUCUUGGCUCUUCUCUCUGACGUUUAUAUCACAACAUGCCCCAAAAUAUAUCUUAAAGAAUAACUGAAAAUGCUCUGUGAUACAAGGUUAAACACAUACCAGGACACAUCUAAUGAAAUUGGCGCUAGCUGAACAACAACAAGCCCCACUGUUUGGACCCUAGACAACGUCAAUGGAAACGAUCAGAUUGCUCUCGGCUUUGUCUGCUCCCUGACACACGGCUAAUACUGAACUUGGUGCAGUCAGGACAAACACAACUGCACCACAAACAACAGCAAGAACAGACUGGAGAACUUUCUACUGCUGCAGAGGAAAGAACCAUGGAACACUAGAAAGCAGUGACUCUGCCAUUUUGACUGAACAGGUUGUGCAAGCAUGCAGACAGAAGCAUGGACGUGUUGAAUAGUGUUGUCAGAAGCCUGGUGCAAAGGUCACGUUGACUCGCUUUCAAAACAUUUGACCGAUGAAACGAUUUGAAAAUAAAGAAAAGCAGGAGAGAUGAAAGCUAGCAGUGUUUUCCACAGACAUUGAGACUGCUGUAACUUGCUCUCGAGCCCAAGCCCGUGUUCCCUUCCAGUCGUGCCAUUCUCCCUUUUUCUUCUCUUUGGGCCC